CCGGCGUCUCUGGCCCAAACGACUAUGAUAAAAUUAUUACGGUCAAGGUCGUACGAUGAUUUAUGUCUUCUCUCCAACUUCCAUGCAGGCCGGUCGAACCCGUCACAGACUAUUCUCGAUGGCGUCUACGUUCCAGCGAGGGCGGUCGACAUACUUGGCACUAUCUCAAGGACGUUGAGGAGUGCGCGAAUUGGCCACAGACUGCACUUGACAAAUAUUGGUUGGGACUGCCAGUGGACUUACCCGAAUCUCCACCUGCCGGAAACGCGUUCGCCGCAGCGAUGAAAGGUUUUGAAUUUUACAAGAAUCUCCAGGAUGAGGACGGUCACUGGCCGGGAGAGUAUGGAGGGACUAUGUUCAUGCUGCCAUCCAUUGUCAUUGGGUCAUAUAUAUGCGGUAUGGAAUUCAGGGAGGAAGAACGUCUUGAGAUUGCUCGGUAUUUGAUCAACGUAGCGAGCACGGAUGAAGGAGGAUGGGGACUUCACGUCGUAGGGCAGUCGACAGCCUUCGGCACUGGCCUGAAUUAUGUAUCAUUGAGGCUUCUAGGUGUUCCUGCAGACCACCCUACAUGUGUCAAAGCUCGUGAAUUUCUGCACAGUAUAGGAGGAGCUGUGGCCAUUCCUACAUGGGGCAAAUUCUGGCUUGCGUUAUUGAAUGUUUACGAUUGGGCUGGUGUUAAUUCGCCGCUCCCGGAGCUGCUCAUUCUUCCUCACCGACUUCCUUUCCAUCCCAGUCGGUGGUGGGUGCAUAGCAGAUUCAUUUACCAAGGUUUUUGCUAUCUUUACGGCAUUCGGUAUCGAAUGGAAGAGAACGAUCUUAUUUGUGCUCUUCGUAAAGAACUUUAUGUUCAAGACUUUUACUCCAUAGAUUGGCCAACACAGCGGAAUAAUAUCGCAAAAGGGGACAUCUAUGCUCCCCAUUCCGCUAUCUACAACCUGUUCUCCCAUAUAUUCUAUGUCUACGAACAAUGUCCGAUCCCGACACUACGCCAGGUAGCCAUAGAACAUGCUUACCAACUAAUUAUUGCCGAAGACGAGAAUACAGGAUAUCAAGGAAUCGCUCCGCUCUCCAAAAUGCUCAAUGCCAUCGCCCGCUUGUCCCGCGAAGGCCCUGACAGCAAAGCCUACAGUUUACAUUCGCAAACGAGAGCCGACUUCAUGUGGCAAGGGCCUCAAGGUAUGCUCGUGUGUGGUACGAACGGGAGCCAGUUGUGGGAUACGGUCUUCGUUGCCCAGGCGCUUGCCGAGACCAAGCUUGCUGAAUUGGAGGGGAAUAGAGGUAGUGUGCUGAAGGUCCUUAAGUGGUUGGAUGAAGCACAGAUGUUGGCGGAGCCCAAACAUCCAAAUAUCACGUACCGAGGAAGCACAAUAGGUGCAUGGGGAUUCAGUACCAAGACCCAGGGAUUUGCAGUCAGCGAUUGUACCGCCGAGGCGAUGAAGGCAAUCAUAUGCCUUCAGCGAUUGGAUUAUACGCCAAAACGGGUUUCAGCAGAGCGUCUGUAUUGGGCGGUGGACAACCUUCUCUUGCAACAGAACUCGAAUGGCGGUUAUGCUAGUUAUGAACUCAUACGAGCGCCACGCUGGGUCGAGAGUUUGAAUCCAGCCGAAAUAUUCGAGAACACGCUAGUGGAUUCCUGUCAUAUUGAAUGCACUACAUCUGUGAUGACAGCACUUUCCAUGUUCAAGCAGGAGUACCCGCACUACCGUACUAAGGAUGUCACGCGAGCUAUCAACAAAGGCAUUUCAUUUAUUCAUUCUGCACAAACUCCAGAAGGUGGAUGGUAUGGUUUCUGGGGGAUUUGUUUCUCCUACGCGACUAUGUUCGCUCUGGAGUGCCUUUCCCUUGCAGGCGAGGACUAUAACAACAGCCCAUCCGUCCAGAUGGCGUGCGAUUAUUUGGUUUCAAAACAGAGGGUGGAUGGUGGGUGGGGAGAGGACUUGAAGAGUUGCUUGGCAGAGAAGUGGGUCGACCAUGAGGAUGCUCAGGUAGUACAGACGUGCUGGGCCGCCCUAGCCUUGAUGCAUGGCCGAUACCCUCAUCCCGGGCCAAUCGAACGGGCUGUCAAGUUAGUCAUGUCAAGACAACUUCCAGACGGCUCAUGGAAACAAGAAGCCAUAGAGGGUGUCUUUAAUAGGACAUGUAGCAUCGCGUACCCCAACUUCAAGUUUUCAUUCAGUAUAAGGAUGCUCGGGAGGGCUAACAGCUACCUCGAGAGCUUAAGAGCUGGAAAACAGAUGUAGAGGGAUAAUCUGCUGAUGAUGGCGCCGGUGUUUUUGUAUUCGUCGGGACGGUAGACAACAAAGCAUUGUUCUGCGUAGAAUGAUAAAAGCAAGAUGUCGAAAGAGUCACGGAAGAGAUAUCUAAAUAGAUUGCGCCGCGACCAAAGACUUACUCUCGGACCCACACUCUCAAUUCUCUUCGCUGAGACGAAUCUCUCAAUUAAUGUAGUAGCAUACCAUAAUUCAAU